UCUUGAGGGUAAAAACGUGAAUAUUAAGUGUAAAAAUGAAGACUUACUUUUCUUUCUUGCACUGCCUGCGAGAACUCAACCUGAAAAAUAUGUGACUAUAACCAAAAUAAACUAUAAAAGUUUCCCGAGACGCGGUAUUUAACCGGCGUAAACACAUGUCAGGAAACGGAUCUCACGCAAUCAUUCAAGUGAACAGGUGAUUCAUUUACCGGCGCAAGGUGCGAACACUUAAAGCAGCAUGUGCUUCACAAGCGCCCGUACCAGAAUGGCGUAUGGAAAACGACAGGAUAAACUGUUCGUGAUACUAAGUUUUUUCCUAUGCAUUGUACUAAUACAGUGCCGCAGUCUGUUACCGUUGUCUGAAACGCUAAAAGGAGAUGAUGAAGAGAGCCAAAUUAUAUCAGAAUAUGUGUCGGACCAAAAGGGAUAUGUUGAGUCCUUUAAUUUGGAGCACCUCAGUGACGAUGUCAGGUAUAAACUCCCAGUUUCAGACCUGCGGGAGAAAUCCACAAUUAAAGGUCAACUCUACAGUUCUUCUGAAGCUGCCUGGGAAGCCAUGUCUCCACAGUUGAGGUGUGGUGAUGAUGUCAUGAGACUACAGCUCAGUGGUCCAGAAGUAGCACAAGUUGAGCUUUGUCGAGGUAAUGGCUCACCUGUCCUUCUCACUCAGCUGCCACCUCAAUGUGGAUAUACAACACCUACAUAUGGUGGCCUUGUCUAUUCUACUCCCUAUGAUGGAUGUGGUGUUGAUCAACAGGGCGGGAGUAAUGUGAUGCGGAUGCAGUGGCAUGGAAACUCUGCAGUCAUUUCUUGUCCUAUUGACUCUUCUCCUGAUAUGUACAGUCCUGAGGUAUCCCUGACUGCACCUAAAGAAACAUCUCCUCCACCUACACUCAAACCCCAAUCUGUUGGAUACCCUCAGGCAUUUUUGGAAUCUUUUUGGCCUUACAACGAGCCUGGUUACCCUUAUCCUGGCAAGGUUUAUUCCACGGAUGAGGAGAUUGUCUUGACCACCACAACCAACCCAGAUACUACUCCGAUGCUAACAGACAAGCCCCAACAACUUUCAGAUUCUCAAAUGUUUUGGUCGUACUUCUACCCUAAUUACAAUUAUCCUGGGAAGACACUGCCAAAGCCUCAACCUCCACCAACACAGAAGCCUCAAAUCUCUCAGAUGCGUUGGCCAUAUUUCUACCCAAAUUAUGGCAAACCAGUGCUUCCAGAGAAACCAGUUCCAAGGCCAAUCCAAACACCACCUGUGAACCCCCAAUCCUCAGGGUACCCUCAAGGAUUUUGGUCAUUUUACUACCCUAAAUACCAAUCUCCUGGCAGGCCACAGCCAACAGCAAAACCAGUUCCAGCUUCCGUGUCCGAUUCUGAAUCAGUUGCCCAAGCUCCACCUUUGGACCCUCAGUUGUUUUGGUACCGUCAAGGAUUCUGGCCAUUUUACUUCCCUCAAUACCAAUAUCCUAGUGGGCCGAAGCCCACAGAGAAACCAGAUUGUGUUCCGACCACAACAGUUGCCCCAGUUCCACCGGAGAAGCCUCAACUUCCAUGGUACCAUCAAGACUUUUGGAAAUAUUACUAUCCUUACUAUUAUGGUAAGCCAAACCCUGUCAACAAACCAGUCUCAUCAGUUGCCCAAACACCAAUUCAGUAUCCUCAACUGCCAGUAUACCCCCAGAUCGAUUGGUCGUAUUACUAUAAUCGUGGCAAACCGAAGACACCAGUUUCUGCUUCAAUUCCCGACACCCCAGCAGUACCCCAACCACCACCCUAUAAGCCUCAACCUCAGUACCCCCAGAUGUUUUGGCAAUAUUAUCCUAAUUUCUUUCAAGAGUUUUAUCCGCAAUACCCUAUCGAGCCUCCCCAAGCCCCUACCGAACCACCACCUACGACCACCCCUCCACCCUGUACUACCGUAGUUGUCAAAUGCGAGCCCCCAGAGAUCCUUGCUCCCAAUUACCCUCCCCAGUACAAUGUACAACAACGUCCUAUGCUUUAUGAAAAAGACCCCUUUUCGCUUCAUUUUGUGGAUCUGGCUGAGACUGAUGCAGAUUGAGUCUUUCCCAUGAUUUUGUAAUAUGUAAUGACUGAGGGCAGAUGGAAUGGGGUUGCUCAAGUGCUACGCCUGGCUUUGAAAAACAAAAAUGCUACGAUGUGAAUGGAAAAUUGCUUGCUUAUGUCUCAAUUUAAUUGUCCAAAUUCUCAAACAAUUCAAUAAAUCAAAUAUGGUCAAAAGUC